AUGUAUUCUCAGCUUCUUUUCAUCCUACUACUCUCCAUCUGCUGUGGAAUGAAUGAUGUAGUGGAAGCUAAUUCCAGCAAGUGUCUUCAGGAUCAGAAGAUGUUGCUGCUACAACUGAGAAAUAACCUUACUUAUGAUUCUAAGUUAUCAUCCUAUCUGGCCAAGUGGGAUGAGACGGUGGACUGCUGUGAAUGGCAGGGUGUUACUUGCAAUGGUGCAGGCCAAGUUAUUGGCCUUGACCUUAACCAUGAAUGGUUCUCGGGCAACAUUGAUCCAUUAGCAAGUCUAAAAUAUCUCUCUGUAAUCCGUCUAGAUGACAACUAUUUACCUUCUCGUCUUCCAGACUUCUUUGCUGAGUUCACUAAUCUAACUGUCUUGAGUCUAAGCUCCUGCAACUUGACAGGAGUACCUCAGAAGAUAUUCCAGGUACCAACUAUGCACACAAUCGACUUAUCAAAUAAUUUAAGACUUCACGGUACUUUACCUGAAUUUCCUUCAAAUGGAUCUCUAGAGACUCUGCGGCUUUCCUGGACAAAAUUCUCAGGAAGUUUACCCGAGUCAAUUGGGAACCUUAGAAUGUUGUCCGACGUUUCCUUUUAUGCUUGCAAUUUUACAGGUCCAGUGCCAUCUUCAAUUGAAAAUCUUACUCAUCUUGUUUCUGUGGAUUUCGCACUCAAUGAUUUCAAUGGUUCGAUUCCAUCUUUUAAGCUGUCCAAAAAUCUCACUUAUGCAAACUUUGAAGGAAAUCUUUUCACAGGUGAGCUAAUAUCAUCUAACUGGGAUGGCUUAGAGAAUCUUGAAACUCUUGGCUUCAGUGACAAUUCGAUUUCUGGGCUCAUCCCACCAUCAUUCUUUUCCCUACCAUCACUGAAGGAUUUAAAUCUGAAUGGCAACAAAUUUUAUGGCCGAAUAGCGGAAUUACAGAAUGUGACUUCUCCACUAACAAAUCUAGACUUGAUUGGCAAUAACUUAGCUGGGCCAUUACCUGAAUUCUUCUUUCAGCUACACAAUCUUUCGCGUCUUUCACUCUCAUUCAACAAUUUCAGCGGCACUAUGCAGUUGCAUAAAUUUACAAAACUUAAGAAGCUUGACAAUCUUGAUCUGUCCCAUAACAGAUUAUCAGUUGACACAAAUAUAAGUGAAUCAGAUAUUGCCUUGCUCCCCCAGUUUCUAGUCCUAAGGUUAGCGUCUUGCAAUUUACGCACUAUUUUUUUCCUUAAGAACCAAACCAGGUUGGCUUUGUUAGAUCUGUCAAAAAACCAUAUCAGAGGUGAAAUACCAAACUGGAUAUGGGAAAUUUUCGAUGGAGGGAGUCAUUCAGUGAACCUAUCUCUAAAUCAGUUCACACAUUUGCAAGUACCUUAUAGAUUUGGCUUUCUAAAUUCCUUGGAUCUACAUGCAAACUUGCUUACUGGGGAAGUUCCAUUACCACCACCUAAAGCACUAUAUGUGGACUUGUCUAGAAAUAAAUUCCAUGGAUUUAUCUCACCUGAAUUCAGCAAUCACCUCUCAAAUGCCCAGUUCUUCUCAGUUGCACACAACAAAGUCAGUGGUACUAUCCCUUCUUCAAUAUGCAACACGACUGAUCUUGAAGUGCUUGACUUGUCCAGCAACAGUUUGGAUGGCAGUAUUCCAGAAUGCUUAGCUGAACAAAGCCUGAUGGUACUUCACCUUGGAGGAAACAAUCUCAGAGGCAAUAUUCCUGGAAACUUUUCAGAGGAUUGCCGCUUGGAAUCGAUAGAUCUGAGUUAUAAUCACUUGGAAGGAAAGAUUCCUCAGUCAUUAUCCAAUUGCAGCAACCUAAAGCUGUUAAAUGUGGAGAGAAACAAGAUAACUGAUACCUUCCCCUGCUGGGUGAGAAAGUUAUCCAAUCUCCAUGUACUUGAGCUGCGGUUCAAUAAUUUCCAUGGCAGCAUUGAUUGCCCAGGUGUCAAUUACUCCUGGCCAGCUCUCCGAAUCAUUGAUCUAGCUUCCAAUAAUUUUAGUGGCAUCCUGCCAAGAAACUUAUUCUUGGAUCUCGAAGCUAUGAAGGUUGAUUCAGCGCACUCACCUGUUGAUCACCUGUAUGCUGCCAAUAGAAUUUUCUUUGGAGAUGAUUUAAGAGCACAAGUAGACAUUUACUAUCAGGCCACAGUCACUAUUACUCUUAAGGGACAAGAAAUGUCCUUGCCAAAGAUUUGGUUUACCUUCUGCUCGAUUGACUUUUCGAAUAACAGUUUUGUUGGAGGAAUACCUGAGACAGUAGGAGAACUCAAAUCGCUUUAUCUUCUCAACCUGUCGCACAAUGCUCUCACUGGCCAAAUCCCACCUGUAAUUGGAAAUUUACAGGAUUUGGGAAUACUUGACCUCUCAUUCAACAAGUUAGAUGGGCGUAUACCAGAUGAGCUCUCAAGGAUCCCACGUCUUUCCUUCUUAAAUUUAUCAUACAAUGAACUUGUUGGAAGGAUCCCUCAAG